GAUAAUGAACCGCGCUCUGAAAUGCAACGGAACACCAUCUCCAGACGUCGGCUAGUGGCCCCGCAACUAUGCACCUUAAUUAGAAUCCCCCGGAGCCUUUAUGAGGCCUGUCAGGCAGCACUCCCACAGGUUUGGCGGCUUGAAAUCGCCCUAAAGGUCGAAUCUCUUAUUCAAAGCGUAGGAAUUCCAGUAAAAGAUUCCUCGAUCAUUCGCGAGGCUAUCUGCAAACCAGACUAUGAACGUUUGGAAGUUCUCGGAGACAUUUAUCUUAAAUGGGUGAUGACAUGCGUGGUACUGCGUAAGGAGCCGUACCUUCUGCGUGAGAGUUUGCUGCAUGACUUUCGAUGUAACUUAACUUGCAAUCGCCGUCUUGUGCGUGCAGCUUUACAGCGAGGGCUUGAUGGUCACAUCGUACUGCGUGCGAAAGUAGUUAAUGAGCCGUAUCGUCACUGGGCUCCUUCUUUGAUGGCGCCACUCGCCGCAAGCGCUUCCGAAGUAAAUGUGAAAGUUAUAGCGGAUGUUGUUGAAGCGCUAAUCGGAGCUUAUCUUCUUGACGGUGGACCCCGGGCAGCGGAUGCAUUCCUCCGGUGGCUGGGACUGCCAGUGAUGUGUGAGAGAGAUGUCUGCCAGCAACAGCGCUCGAGUAUGCCCGGACUAUCAGACGCACCAGCUGCCUUUUUCACAGCUGGUCCACCUCCUAGAGACAGAGUGAAAUUACAAAAAGCAUACUGGCCUCUUUUACACCGGUGUUGUCAAUGUUGGAAGGAGGAAAGCCUUGCCAACACGCCCCAAAACAUACAUCCUAAGGCAGUUCCCAAGCCGGCCACUGAUUUGGUCCUGAAAGUGACAAAGCUUGAGAAUUUUCUAGGGUAUACAUUCCGGAACAAGUGGCUCGCCCUACAAGCUUUAACACAUCCAUCACACUCUCAGAAGCAUCGGCGCUCUGAAAAGGGCCAAGGCCACACCAUUUUCAUUUCUGACUAUCAGCGCUUUGAGUUCCUCGGUGAUGCGCUCCUGGACCUCAUGGUCAUGGUACAAAUCCUUUACGAGAACCCUGAUUCACCUCCAAAGCCUUUGCACGUAGAAAAGGGGGUAACUGUCAGUAAUGAGCACCUUGCCAGGCGGGC